AUGGACUUACAAUUCCGCUAUACCGCCGAAGAGAAGAUGCAGAAGAUUUACAUCGCCAACGAUAUGCUCAGGGAGGAAUGCGGGAGAGUGCAGGGCGCCUACUCACAGGUCGUGUCCCAGAACCAGGAGCUGAAGUCAGCCCUCGCUCAACGGGACGUCGCGUACGCUCAGCUCUUGGCAGAGUUUGAGGCCCUCAAGUGCAGUGGUGGAGCCCCCAGUCACGGUGUCAAUGCCUCUGCGGGCAGGGGCGGAUCGUCCACAGUGAGUGAUGGAGGUGCUGUUGGCCAGUCAUCGGCCACACCACAGGCAGUCUCUGUCGAGGAGGCCUUUUUCAAACACGCCGUUGUUGAAUGGCGUGAUGCGAAGACUGUGGCUGCGGCUUGGGGUCUGUGGGUGAAGAAGGCUCACAUCAUGAAUGGCCAGUCUCUGCGCGAAGUUCGCGUAGCGCUCGAGAAGCAGCAUAAGAACUUCUUCAGCACGUACGCCACCUACGCCCCGGGUGGACCGAGCGCUAUGGCCACGGAAACUUGCGACCGGAAAAUGCGUCGCUGGGCUACAGUCAUGGAGGCCGUAGAGUCGUUCAGGGUAGACAUCACCGACGCUGAGACCGCAUAUGCUGUUGCGCGUCUGGACACGGUGUUGGCAAAAUCAAACUUCAGAGAUUUCACAGACGGCCUGAUUCUCGGCGCUGCGCUACCAAAGAAGCGUUCCCGUAAAACGACAACGGUGGGGAAGAGCACCAACGAGAAGGCGCAUCGAUAUAUCACCUGGCUCAUCGUCAAAAUGGAGCUGCGCGACGAGGCGUGGGCAGCAAAGCUCUUCGGGGCCGAGUGGAAUACCAUCAAGAUCGCGGAAGAGGAGAAGGAAGCUGCUGCUGCUGCUAGGGCUGCAUCAGCGGCACAACCUGCUUCGCCCAACGCCACAUAG